CAGUGCAAAGAAAGGUGGAGAGAGCAUCAUAAGUUAAAAAGAUGUUUAGAAAUAACUGGAGUAAGUCAACAAUAGACGGAAUUGAAGAUACAUAUCUAAACCUUUUGAAUAGAACUACUUCUCUGAGUGUCUAAAUGGACCAAAGUGACGCCUAGCCCAUGAUACCACCAAUACCCAGGAAACUAAGUGGGAAGUGACAGUCGCUCAAGAGCCCUGCUAGGUCACCAUGGCAUCAGAGCUCCACCCGCAUUGCUCUUCAUGUGUGAACCUUCACUGCACUGAGCCGGCCUGCCCUGGUGCGUCCUGCGAGAUCACUUCCUGUCCUCUGAAGUGUGGCUCCUCCUUCCACGGCUGCAAGGCGCCCGAGCACCGGCUGCUCUGCCCGCUGGAGUGUGUGCCGUGCCCGAGCCAGUGCUACGGCUGCCCAGUCUCCUUGCCCCGUGCCCGGGUAGCGAAGCACCUCUCCGUCUGCCCAGCCAGCGUGGUGCGUUGCAGACACACACACUUCCCAAACAUACGCCCCGCUGUUGCCGCGCACACACACACACAGACACGCACUCUCACUCUUGCAGACCAAAAUUAUUUUGACACACACACUGCCAAUGAUGCAUAUACCUCCAGCACACAUGCCUCGCUCACACACGAGUCCUGUACUCACGUGUCAAGUGUGCAACCAACAGCGGCUAGCUUGCAUCCUGCCCAGGAGAUUAAUGGCAAGAUUAUGGAAGGAGGAGGAUUCAUUCAUUUGAUGGGCAAGAACAUUUCAAUUGGAGAGAAUGUAUUCUUUGGAAACAACGUCUUUAUUAACGGUAUUAGGUAUGACCCGAAACAGAGUGUCACAGAAGCCACCUCAACAAAGAAGCCAAUUGCAGCGCCUGCUGUGAUGACGGAUAACCUCAUCAACCAAUCGGAGAGCGUCACAUCCCCUGAAGGUGGGAGCGAAGAAGGCACAUCUGCUGAUGCCACAUGCUCCGAGGUCCAUCAUGACAGUGAGACAGAUGCAUUGUGGGAGAAUGAGUGUCUUAUAACCCACCCCAUGGGUGAUUUGGAUGCCUUCCCACCAUGUUACGACCGUGAGGCAAAACUGCAACUGCUGCAGCGCUUCCUGCCCCAAGAGCUCGGCGUCCGAUUGGCCAACCCUUGUGCCAAUCACAACGGCACACCCACCAAACCACUGGACCAACCGAUGGACCAAUCCCCACAGACAGCUUCAGGCACUGAAACGACCAUCUCGGGGUCCUCUUACGUCCAGCAAGACCCCAACGAUGACCCGUCAGGCUCUGGCAUCUGCGGCCACCUCUUCCGCCGCGACGAGUUCCUGUGGCACAGCCGCAACGUGCAUUCCGACCUGGACCUCCUGGAGCGCUCGUGCCCGCUCGCCACCUACGGCUGCCGGCUAGUCCAGCGCCACCUCACCGCCCCCGGGGGCGCCCUGCUGCGCUUCGACCCCCGCGCACCAGGGGGAGCCCUCAGCCUGCUGCCCGCGCCCCCGGCCGUGGGGCCCGACCCCCAGGGCUUGGACCGCCUCAGCUCCCUUCCCCUGGAGCUUCUGCGCCACCUGCUGGGCUACCUGGACGGCUUCAGCCUCAACCAGCUGGCGGCCACUUCCAGCCGCCUGAGGGAGGUGUGCAGCGGGAUGCUACGCGCCCGGGGCAUGGUGGUCCUGCGCUGGGCCAGGGGACGAGGGGACGAGGACGACAAUAACAACAACAACAGCAGCAGCAGCAGUGUGGGAGCCGGCUGUGGCAGUGAUGACGGUGGUGGUGGUGGAGGAAGGGUUUGCCGGUGGAAGGUUCAGGAUAAGGUGUGGUGUUUCAGCUCCUCCUUCAGCCCCGUGGAACGCUGGGACGUGGCCGAGGCCCCCUGCCUGUCCAAUCACCUGCGCUGCUGCCGCUGGAACCAAGUCAAGAGCCCCCUUCAGGACAGGGCCCCGCUGCCCGGCAUCAGUGGCCGCACCAUCCCGCAGUCUGGAAGAGACGGCAAAGAGUGACAGUGUGUGUGUGAGAUUGCGUGCACGUGUGUGAAUGCAUGUGGGCAUCCAUGUGUACGUUUGUCCGUGUGUGUGUGUGUGUGUGUGUGUGUGUGUGUGUGUGUGUGUGUGUGUGUGUGUGUGUGUGUGUAUGUAUGCAUGUGCAUGGUGUAUCUGUGUAUGCUUGUGUGCUUGCCACUCCAAGUUUAUCCUUCCAGGUAUAUAAACUCUAAAAAUGGCAAUGCAAGUGUAUGUGUGUGUGCGCGCAUGUGCGUAUGCAUGUGUGUGUUUACAUUGACCAGGGUUUGCUGCGUUUUGUUGUAAUGGCUGAGUGUAAGAAUUUAAACAAGUAUGAUUUAA